UGAAAAUAUGUCACACCGUUUUAUGUUGUUAGACGCUAGAACGAGAGCUUGUAUUGGUUAAUGAACGAAAAUUAUCAGCUAAAUAUUCCUGAUAGAAUUUACAAAUCAUUUCAUCUGAUCUUGAAAUGUUAUAGAUAAAAAAGGCAAAAUAAAUAAAUAUGGCUGUGUUUGAAAAGGAUUGUCUGCUUGACGAUGUUUUUGUUUUAAUUAAAUAAGGAGUUACCAUUCUAAUACCGGAAGUACCAGAAGCUGUAGGGCUUGAGUAAUAUCCUUCUCGGAUGGCAGAACGGAACUAAGUUCAGAGAUAAGGCGUUUGUUGACUUGCAGGACAAGGAUGAGCUCGAGAAAAACUUCGUGUGAAGUACCCGUGCAGGACUUUGCCAGGAUUCAGUUAAUGUUUCUACCAAACGCGUUAUCUAAUGGAAAGCUGUUCACGGACUAUACGUUCCCACCCGAUAAGUCCUCGUUAACUUACGUAUACAGCGGAGAUGACCGAUACGAGAAAAUGGUGUUUAAACGGCCAAAGGAAAUCUGCUCAUAUGCUGUCUUUGCUGGGGUUGGCGGUGCUUAUGAAACGCCGUUUCCAUGGAAAUCAUGGAAGAAGACCACGUGGUUCGAGGCCGCCAUUGCCGUCGUGUCACUAAAUGUUAAACUGAUGGACAAAUUAAUUCCUGGAUACAGGAACUUUGACCAGUCGUUGCAGACGGACUAUAUAGGGUGCUUUUGUUUUAAACUUUGGCGGUUCGGGGAAUGGAUUGAUAUUGUAGUGGACGACCACCUUCCUACAAUGGACAAUACUUUGUUAUACUGCCAGGCGUAUGGUACACCACGAGAAUUCUGGGGUCCGCUUGUUGAAAAAGCGUAUGCCAAAUGCAAGAAAACAUAUGAGGCAAAUGAAUGUGGGAGAACACUUGAUGCUUUUACCGAUUUAACAGGCGGUGUGUGCGAGUUCUACACACCCGAUAUCAAUCCGCCACAGAACUUGUUUCAUCUUUUGUACAAAUCUUGCGUAAAUCGGUCACAGAUAGUCUGCUGGAGGAAUGACAAACUGCUAACACCGACAGGGUUCUGGUUCGAGAACGAAAUGACGGAUGCAGCCGGCAGUGGACAAAGAUAUCUCCAUAUAGUAACUGCUACCACGAAGUUCCCUCUGUCGGAUGGACGAAUGGUUGAAAUGGUCCGUCUGUUGUGUUUGUACAGAAACGAACCGUUAUGGAACGGAAAAUUCGCGGACACGGAUGAAAUUUCAUGGGGAACGGUUAACAUGGAAUUUUUCUCAAAAUACAAGCCUCUAGGGAACAAAGAUGAGAACGAGUACUGGAUGACGCUUGAAGACUUCCGGUGUAAUUUUGGCGGGCUAAUUAUCUGCAGUACAGAAAUUCCAUACACAACGGAAGGUCUAAAUUUACAAAGAUGCUACCGAAGAUUAAGUGAAGAUGAAAUUAAAACUGGUCAGAGAUCGUUGUUUACUCAGCCUAAGGAACGUCGACGUAGCAGUGAUAGCAAGCAUCGACGCCAGCCUUCUGCGACAUAUCUCAGUAUACAUAGACGCUCACAUCCGUGCCUUUCCAUUAAAACAUUUAAUGAUCAAGCAGACGACAUUCAUUCGCCAAACGACAAUCAACCGGAAAUGGAGAUUCUCGUGCGCGAGAACCCGCGUACUGUGAAAGUAGACAACACACAAUUUAAUAGAGCAUCUAAAAUAAAGAAACUGAAACAAAAAAGUAAAAGUGAAAAUGCUAAAAUUAUGUCGAAGAAAAAUAGUUAUGGAACAAGACGGGAAAGUACAGGUGCUGUUUACAGAAAGCGUGAUCCAUCUCCUGUGUCUUGUUUUAAACGAUUACAUCAUUAUGAUGACGUAAAAAGCGACGCUGUAGAUACAAAAGAUUCAGACUUGAACGACGAGUCUAAGGACAGUUCAAAACAGUGUACUUCCACUGCGACUAAUGAUAAAAAGACGCCUGUGAAGAAACAGUCAUCAAGCGGAUAUAAUACCCAUAAUGCAGAAUAUUGUCAGAAGAGGUCUGAUAGUCUUAUAUCAACCUGUUCAGCCCUAUCCGAGUGCCAAAGCACGUUUUCGGCUUCAGAUAUCACAUUAAAUAUAGGUACGUCUCGAGAAAAUUCACUGCAAAGGCCAAAAAGUGCGCCAAGCAACAUUAUUCGGAACACUUCUUCAGGAUCAUUGCCAAAUAUGAUUAUAAACAAUUUCGUAGCCUCGUCUUCAGAUAAUUUCCGGUCACAUGGUUCAUGGCGUUUUGUUAUCAACUACAAGGGGAAGUGGGAAAAGUGUGAUUCUAUGGGAAGUUAUCCCGAUUUGAUUAAACAACAUUCGAGAAAUUCUAGAAUUCCUUUCAAUAUUCUCCACCCGGAUGCAGUAAAUGAGAUUGUUGCCCCUGGUUACCACGGAAAGAGUCACCUGAUCAUAUCGUUGUUACAAGAUUAUCGUCAUGGUGCUCCAACAGCAAACAGUCUGUUAGUUCCAAUAGGGUUUUCAAUAUAUAAGACGAAAAACCCAGCCAAAGACGAGAAACGCUCCCUUUCAAAAUUACCGAUGGUAGGGGAAGCAACUCUUUGUGAAGAUUCAAGGGAGGUAACUAGUCGAUUUGAUCUUUUCCCCGGAAGUUAUUUCAUUGUGCCAUUUUGUUUGUCGGAAAACCACAGUGGGCAAUAUAUAUUGCGAGUGCUGGCUGAAAGGGACCCAGUAGCUGGCAAAACCGGAUGUAUAUUAUCCUAGAAAGAAAACAGCGGCGACGAAUGUCUGGUGCUUUUCAAAUAAACAUUUAAUUAAAGGGUGCAAAAAUGUUAAUUAAUCGCGUAUUGUUGUUAUUUGAAGACGACACGACUGCUCUACCAGGAACGCGUCUUAAAGACGUGACUUUUUGAAAUGACAUUGUCCGUUAUUUAUUUUAUAGCUGUCUGGAUAAAUAUUCAAUAAAUAAAUGAUUUAAGCAUUCAACCAUGGGUGUGCCUUAAUGAAAAUUUUGAAUGAUAAUUAAUGUAAAAGUGUCCUAUUUGGGACAACAUAUUCUCGAUAUUGACCCUAUAUGUAUCAGCCUUAUAUAGAUUAAGAUUUGAAGGGACCAAUGCUGCUGUAUAAAGCUUUAUUUUUUAUAAGCAUCAGCAAAUUUCUGACCAAAUUGUUAUUUUGUAAUUGGGCCAAUAUCUAGAUUAGAAUCGGACUGAAUAUCCGAAUAUAAUGAAGUAGCUGUGCUACAGGCUUUAGUUUUUUCCCUAGUUUUCCAGUUGUUAUUUUUCUCUAUGUCAAAAGUUAAUCAAAAAGUUAUUUAUGUUGUUGUUAUUUUCGUUAUUUGUUUUAGUCUGUAUUGGUCAAUAUAACAUUGCCAUUGUUUUAAUUCAAAUUAAUUCAGAAUUUUUUCAGCUACAAGUCAUUUGGCUUUUGAUUUGUGUUUUGUCUGAUUAUUUUUGUAUUUCAUAUUUACUGAAUAAAAUUC